UGGACACGUCGCGCCGGACAGAAGUGACGGGGGCCUCUGAGAAGUCCCGAGAGGGUGGCGGAUUCAGGUUCUGAGAGGGAGGAGUCUGUGGCUGAGCGCGACCCAGGAAGUAUUAGGCUCUUCAGUGCUCUCAACUUUCCUGGAAAAAAUGGAGCAUUCCCAUCAUAAGGGGAAAAGCUACAUGGACAACAGCAACAGCACUAUGCCACCAUCUCACCAUCACCCAACGACUUCAGCCUCACAUUCUCAUGGUGGAGGAGAUGGCAACAUGAAGAUGAUGCCUAUGACCUUCUACUUUGGCUUUAAGAAUGUGGAGCUAUUGUUUUCCGGUUUGGUGAUCAAUACAGCUGGAGAAAUGGCUGGAGCUUUUGUAGCAGUGUUUUUACUAGCGAUGUUCUAUGAAGGACUCAAGAUAGCCCGAGAAGGUCUGCUGCGUAAGUCACAAGUCAGCAUUCGCUACAAUUCCAUGCCUGUCCCAGGACCAAAUGGAACCAUCCUCAUGGAGACACACAAAACUGUUGGGCAGCAGAUGCUGAGUUUUCCUCACCUUCUACAGACUGUGCUGCAUAUCAUCCAGGUGGUCAUCAGCUACUUUCUCAUGCUUAUCUUCAUGACCUACAAUGGGUACCUCUGCAUUGCAGUAGCAGCAGGGGCCGGAACAGGAUACUUUCUCUUCAGUUGGAAGAAGGCAGUGGUAGUGGACAUCACAGAGCAUUGCCAUUAACGUCAGAGUCCGUGGUGUGGCCUUAUUGAUUGCAGUGGGAAGCAGCUCAAGACGAAGACACAAUUCCUGCUCCAAUCAUCCCUUCUUGUUCCUGUCUCUUUACACACACACAUACACAUACACCUGCUGAAUAGAAGUUAGUUUACAGUUUCUUCUCCAGGGAAUAUUGUCUUUUCUAAUAAGCUGAGACUUCCAUUCCCCUUGCAGGAAGCUACCCGAGAUGUCUUCUCCAUCAUCCUAGAUUCUUGUCUAAUCCAGAUAGCUUUCUAGUCAACGAUUUGAUUGUCUGCUUCCUUUUUUUUAAUCUGGGGUUUUUGUUUAUAACAUGAUAUAUGAAUUUGGUGGUUUUUUUUCUGGGUCAGUGAUGGAAAGAGAUUAUCUUCAGCUAGUACUAAAUGGCAGCUGAAAGAUAUUCUAGCCCAACUAACCCCCAGACUCAAACUUCACAUUAAAAAUUAAGCUCUUGUCUUUGGACUCCAAAAAAGGGGAAAUACAUUGUGCCUUUCUCUAGGUGUGAUGUGUUGCACCAAAAUCUUGGUAACAUGCGAAAGAGUGAUUUUGAGAGUAAAUGUAGGCCCAGAACUUGUAGAGUAUGUGUUCUUGAGUUGCUGACUCAUUAGCUUGUAUUCCACAUAACGUUUUGAUUAGAACGAGCAUGUCAAUCAAAAAAGACAAUCAAUUUGAGAAAACAGAAUAGACAUUUUAAAAUAAAACCAUUGACAUUUUACGUUGACUUGAUACCUUUGUUUAUCCCAGCUUCACAAAGCAAGAGAGUUUGAAUUUUUCCUCAUUUUUAUUUACAUGUGUCUGCCUCAAAACCAGUGAUUUUCAGACUUGUGCUUGCAUCAGAAUCAUCUAGUUUGUUAAAGCACUCGUAAUGGGGCCUUAACCCAGAGCCCUAAAUCUGGCAUUUCUAAGUUCCCGGGUGAUGCUCUGGUGAUGAACUAGAAUAACACAUUUUCAGAACGUCUGCUUACUGAAGAAGUACACCUCGGGUGGUGGGCUACCUGGUAUUGGGCAUGAGAAUUUGAAUUGCUGGUUGGUAGGUGGUAUGUCUGGGCAUGCCUCACCUAGGAAAUGUUGUUGGUCAUACUUGAUCAUUCCACAAACAUUUACUCAGCUCCAACUCUGUGUAUGCAUACUCACACAUAUGAAGGACUAUAAAACUAUAAAGUACUUCUAUCAACACAUGUGAAGCAUUAGUCCUCUUUUUUUUAAAAAAAAAAAAAAAGAUCUGUGAUUCCUUGGAAACAGUGUGAAGGCUGAGAGAGACCUUUGCUUUGCAGUAAAAAUGAGCCAGUCAUGGGGCCAGAAGGGCGAAAGUCCACCUUUCUCUUUAGAAAAACAGAGGAGUGUGGUCUGCUGCUGCCCAAAUUUUCCUCAGCCUCUUGUCCAUAAUAGGUACAUCCUUGUACACGGCAUGACAGCCUUUAUUAUUACACUUGGGGGCUUUAUUAGAUCACACGUGGCCAAAACCUCUUUUCUCAAUGAAGAAUCACAUUGAAUUUUUAUUCUGUUCAGUUGUUGGUCAAUGCUGUAACCUUAUUUCCAGACUACCUCUUUAAAGUGAUUCUUCUUGUGCUUGUCUGUUCAUUCCUGCCCUCCUUGGUGCUAGAUCCAACUGUGCCUCAGGGCAGAGGAGAUAAAAACAGUAAUCCUGUUGUCCUGUGCUGUGGUUUUAAAAUUUGUACUUUCUCUGUGGGUACCAAUUAAAUAUUGAAGAAAAAAUGUGUACUUCUGCAUCUGUGAACCAAGAGUUACAAGCCUACCAGAGAUUAAAAUGUAAGAAUCAACAUUUAGACCUUUGUACUUUUUUUCACAUUUCAUUCCCUUGUAGUACUGAUAAUUAACACAAGCAAAGUGAGUGACAGGUACUUUACAGCCCAACAUUAAGAUAAAUAACCUGUUGUAUAAACAGCUUCUAUUCCUUAAAAGCCAAGGAAUAAUAAUACUAUGAAGUAUACAUAAGAAUUAAUGCUUAGUGGUGACUCUGAUGCUCUCUAGAAAGGCAGGCUUGAGCUGCUGUAGAAUGCCUUCCAGGAACAGGACAUUAUCAGUGGGCUGAGAAACUCAAGGCCAGUUAAGAUAAAAUGCUAUGACUAUGAAACAGAGAAAAACCUCAGUUUGGGACAAGUCUUCAAGUGUUUGGGUAGAGAUAAUCUGAAAAACAUGAGUUUAAGAGAUCCUUGACAAGACUGCCAAAGGAUGAAGCUAGUAAAGGAGAAAAAAGUUAAAGCUCAAGUUCAUCUUUCUUGAGCUCACAGAUUUUAAUGACACAGUGAUCUCAUUGACUUUUCUGUAUCUCUGUUCACUUAGAAUUUAAUGCCUGACCUCUGGCUUUUUUGGAUCUAAACUUUUUUUUCCGUUUUUUUCCUUUUCACAUGUUAGAAGACUCUGUCUCCAUAGAUAUCUCCUUGGCAUCUUAUUUUGCUGACCUCUGUACCUUUCAGUUUAUCCAGUGGGCAUUGCUAUGCUGUGGCUAUAAGUACCAAUCAGAAAUUGGUAUUUAUAAACCGGGUAGAGACCUUAACAAUGUGUCUGGAAGCAACUGUCCCACUUGAAUUUCUACAAAGCUUGGUAAAAGGCUACCUAGUACCCACACCAGCAUUAUAAAAUCUGGGGUGCUGUCUCUAUGAUGAAAGAACACUCAGCACCCCCACUGGCCACAGAUGGAAUCCUGUGUCCACUACAGCAUUAAAAAUUAAAGUUUCUUCAGUACUUCUAUGGUAGAAUUUUCAAAAAUACCUUUUCAGGCUGUUAGUACUAGGAUUGGGUUCCAGUCACAAGGGGAUCCUCAUAAGAAGCUGGGCGGUGAUGCAGGGGGUACAUACGCAUGUUCUUUAAACUUGAUCCUGCCCUUUCCAGCUGCUUCUUCAAAUGAUACAUCUAAAGUCUGCAUUCAAAAUAAUGCCUUAAUCACUGGGUCUACAGUUUAUGUUGACUGUUUUAGAUUGUAAGCUCCUGAGAGCAGUAUUGCUGUAGUGAGAAUGUUUUAACAGUGUCAUGUGCAAAGGAACAAAAUAAAUAUUUUGAUUUUGUGA